GUUGGUUCAUGUCAGUGAGUGCAGUGGGGACAGCUUUUCUUCAGAGGUCGAAUAUAAUCUCUCCGGAGAUAAAACACUCUUCACCAACCUGUCGUCUGCGUCUCAGAUACUUCUUGUGGGACUCAGGUCACACAGGUUUAGGAUCUACUCCUCUGUGGGCUUCUAUCCAUCAGCAGGGCUCUGAGGAGGCUGUGGUGUGGCGUCCUGAGGCCUCCAGUAUCCGUAGCUGGAGGGAAGCUGACAUUUUUCUGGGUCGCAUUUCCUCCCCUUUUCGGAUCCAUCUGUACACAGAACGGUCAGAGGGACGGAAAGGCGAUGUAGCUAUAGACCAGCUGGAGUUUCUAGACUGUGCUCUGCCCUCGCCACCCCCUGGGAUCAACUGUUCUGCAGAGAUGGUGACCUGUCGUAGGGGGGGCUGCGUGGAGCAGCGGCAGGUCUGUGACGGCACUGAUGACUGUGGCGACGGCACUGAUGAGGAGUCCUGUGAUGGUUACAACCGCUGUGACUUUGAGGAGGGUUUGUGUAAUUGGGAUCUGAGAUCAUUUUCUAAACUGAAAUGGAUCAGAACAAACCAAGAGAAUAUCUCAAGAACCGAUCCCCUGAAAGGCCCAGGCAGAGAUCACUCCAACUCAGCAUCAGGUCACUUCCUGUACGUCACUGUCCCUGAUAGUGGCCUCACAAUGGACUGGGCUUCUUUUCAGAGUCCGCCUCUUCAACCAACAAAUAGCUCACAUCCUUGUAAGAUGGUCAUGUACACUCACCAGUUUGGGCCGAGGUCCGGCGGCUUGACGGUGCUGGUUGCUCAACGCCUACUUUACCCAGCCUGGGAAAGAGGCGGAGCUUUAGGGGAUCUCUGGGCGAAGGCAGAGGUGGAGAUCGUGUCGAACUCAACCUUCCAGAUUCUGAUAAUGGCCGCUAUCAGAGACUUUGCUUAUGGAGGCAUUGGUGUUGACAGCAUCGUGUUGUCUCCUGAAUGCCGCCGGUCAUCUGAGAACAACACCCUUGAAACCAUACCCAAACCUCCAAAGGAUCCUUGCAUUGAUGAUCCAGAGAAGAUGUGUGAUUUUAAUGCAGACUGUGCUGAAGCAGAAGAUGAAGCCAAAUGCGGAGAUUUCUCCUAUGUUGAGGGAAGCUCUGGCUGGACUGACGCCAGUGUUGGGAGUCAAGGCUGGGUGCUCCAUAAAAAUGCUACAGCUAAAGAAGAGUACCUGUAUGUAGCUGAGGCUUCAGGUCAGCAGCUGACCGAAGCCCAGACUCGGACGCCCCUCCUGGGCCCUACAGGUCCAGUCUGUUCUCUAAGCUUUGACUUCGCUCUCACCGGGAGUUUGGAUCACAUCGGUGAGCUUUCGCUCAGAGUGAUCGACAGCCUGCUGGGGCCAAGUCCUAAACUGUGGGAGUUCAGCGGAAAAACAGGAGCAGAGGAAAAGGAGGAGUCCUGGCAACAAGCUAACAUUCUUAUUGGGCAUAGAAAACAUCGUUUCCAAUUGGCAUUUGAAGCCUGGGCUGUAAAAACUCAGCCGUAUGCAUGGAUCAAAGUGAGGAACGUUCACUUCAUCAACUGCCACACUGACUAUUAUCCAGCUACACCAACAGGACUGUCCUGUAACUUUGAGGAAGGACUGUGCAGUUGGUAUCAGGACAACAGUGACAACUUUGACUGGUCUUUGGUUACUGGGAUGGAUCACACUAUUGGAAUAGGCAGCAGUCUUGUCGUGGACAUGUGGAGUCCAUCACUACUUGGAGCUUCUGGACGCUUGGUGUCAUUCCUACAGCCUCCAGCACCAACAGAGAUGUGUCUGACCUUCUUCUACAAGCUCUAUGGGCCAGACGCAGGAGCUCUGAAUGUAAAGCUGAUAGACGGCCUUGGCUAUGAGGUUAUACUGUGGACCCGCAGUGGGGCUCAUGGCAAUGUGUGGCACGAAGCGCACUGCCCCGUACCGCAUCAACUCACAGACUUUCAGCUGAUGUUUGAGGCAGUUCGAUCCGGUUUCGACGGCCAGGUGGCCAUUGACGAUGUGACUUUCCUGGACGGCCUGUGUGCCAUGCCCAGAAAGUGCUCCUUUGAAGCACAGAUGUGUGGGUACAGCAGCUACGGCACAGUUAAGUGGCUUCAUCGAAACGGGCACAGCAGUACGGCCAGCGGACCCAAACUGGACCACACUCUGGGAACUGAGCUGGGUUAUUACAUGAUGGUCAACACCGACAGAGAUGUUCUUCCAGCCAGUAGCACUGCUGUCCUCGUCUCUCCUGUCCGUUCAGGAACAACCAAAACCGAAUGUGUAACUUUCUGGUAUCAUAUGAAAGAAGAGAACCCAGGCUACCUUAGGGUAUACAUGAAACCCGAGAAGGGGGAGAGAGUACAGAUCUUCUCAGCCAACCUCAAUCAGGGAGACGAGUGGCGCCAUGGCCAAGGCAACAUCUCCAGCGGCCUUGUGGACUGGCAGCUGGAGUUUGAGGUGACCGGGUCAGGAGGCAAAAGUUCCCACGCUGCUGUUGAUGACAUCUCAGUCUUAGCUCAUCCAUGUGAAGAUUAUGGUGCUACGUGCAGCAUGGAAAAUGGGAUGUGCAUUUGGAACAACAUUCAAGACAGCGAAAGAGACAAACUGGACUGGGAUUUGACCAGUCGGGAGACAGAAGAGCACUAUCCCGUCCCGCCUGAAGACCACACUCUGGGCACAGAGAAAGGUCAUUUCCUCUUUUUUCCCAGCAGCAACAGGACCGCAGCAAAUCAAAACGCCUGGAUCCUGAGCCCCCACCUGCCUGCGACUCAGGCCACCUGUCUGAGGUUCUGGGCCUACAAACCCCACUCAUCUGACUGCCAGCUGAGAAUCUGGAGACUGUCCGGAGGUCUAACCAAUGAGCUGCUGAGAGUGACCGAACUUGGGGGACCUUGGAAACUUUUUGAAGUAAACAUCACGUCUGCUGAGGAGUACCAGAUAGUCUUUGAAGGGAUCAAAGGAACAGCGGGUUUUGUCGCUCUGGAUGACAUCGAGUACACCGUUGGCUUUGACUGCGCCACCCGAGUCACAAAACCGACCACAAAGCUGCCAGACAACACCGGUGGAAUUGCAGCCUCUGUGAUCGUGGUCCUGCUGCUGAUCGGCACGUUGGUGGCCCUGCUCGUCUUCUACCUGCGAACCAAUCAUGUUUCACCUGUCCCUACCGGCUUCAGUAAUGAAGGAUAUGAUUCAGAACCCACCGAUCGUGUGACAAUUCCUCCAGUACAAAACCAUCCAAUGGCUGCAGGAUUCAACAACAUCUCUGUCCCUGAGGUCAGACAGAGGGAGGAGGAGUGACUUGGGGGGCGCACUGCCACCUAAAGGUGGUUUUGUGAAAUAUAGGUGAUAUCACAGCAGGAGAACUGCUUGUGUCACCCUCAAAAAGACACACACAUACACACACACACACUGACAUAUACACAUAAAAACACAAGCCUUCAGCGCUUUUCAAUGCAGCUGCCUCAGAUCUGCUUGGAUCCUCUGAGUUCAGGACCUUCAGCAUGUGGACAGCUGGAAGACAGGAGGACACCGCGGUGCUCUGGAUGAAUAUUACAGUGACUGUCUAAGUAGGUGGUAAAGUAGUAGGCAAAAUAAAGAUGCUUUUAGAUAUAUAAAAAAAAAAUCUCUACCAGGUGCUCG